ACACGACCAUAUCAGACAGCGAGAAAAACGGGAUUGUACUGCGUUUUAGUGGUUUCUGCGUGAGGAUACGGAAAAGCCGCUUCAAGUUUCUGAACAUCUGGGCAGAGAUGUAACCGGUUCCUGGCAUUGGCGUUGUGUUUUUGUUGCGUUUGUUGUAUUUGUUGUGGGGACCUCCCUAAAGCUUCAACUCAGGAACUCUGACAUUCCCUGUCUUGGCAGCUACACUGUUUUCCUUUUGCCGCAUGUGCAGAAAAUGGCAACUGCUCUCAGUGGACGACCACCUAACAAUCGGAAAGGCCGUAUUUUAGGCAUUAUUGACGCCAUCCAGGACGCUGUCGGACCCCCCAAGCAGGCGGCCGCGGACCGCCGGACCGUAGAGAAGACAUGGAAACUCAUGGACAAAGUAGUGAGGUUAUGUCAGAACCCCAGACUACAGUUGAAGAACAGUCCUCCGUACAUCCUGGAUAUUUUACCUGACACUUACCAGCACCUGAGGCUGAUUCUGUGCAAAUAUGAAGAGAACCAGAGACUUACUCAGCUAAGUGAGAAUGACUAUUUCAAAGUGUACAUCGACAGCCUGAUGAAGAAAUCCAAAAGAGCAAUCCGCCUCUUUAAGGAAGCCAAGGAGAGAAUGUAUGAAGAACAGUCACAAGACCGACGGAAUCUCACCAAGCUCUCGCUGAUCUUCAGUCACAUGUUGGCUGAGAUCAAAGCCAUCUUUCCAGGUGGACAGCUCCAAGGAGACACAUUCCGCAUUACCAAGGCCGACGCCGCCGAAUUUUGGAGAAGGUCUUUUGGCGAAAAAACAAUAGUGCCAUGGAAAAUGUUCCGGCAGUGCCUUCACGACGUGCACCCCAUCAGCUCCGGGUUGGAGGCCAUGGCUCUGAAAUCCACCAUCGACCUCACCUGCAACGACUACAUCUCCGUCUUUGAGUUCGACAUCUUUACUCGUCUUUUCCAGCCGUGGGGCUCAAUCCUGAGGAACUGGAAUUUCCUGGCAGUCACACACCCAGGCUACAUGGCCUUUCUGACGUAUGAUGAAGUAAAGGCACGUCUGCAGAAGUACAUCAACAAACCUGGCAGCUACAUCUUCAGGCUGAGCUGUACGCGGUUAGGACAGUGGGCCAUUGGCUACGUCACCAGUGAUGGCAACAUCCUGCAGACCAUCCCACAUAACAAGCCGCUGUUCCAGGCACUUAUUGAUGGAUGCAGAGAAGGCUUUUAUCUGUUUCCAGAUGGGCGCAGUUAUAACCCAGAUCUCACAGGCCUGUGUGAACCCACCCCACACGACCACAUUAAGGUCACACAGGAGCAGUAUGAGUUGUACUGUGAGAUGGGCUCCACGUUUCAGCUGUGUAAGAUCUGUGCCGAAAAUGAUAAAGAUGUUAAGAUAGAGCCAUGUGGUCACCUCAUGUGCACUUCCUGUUUGACAUCAUGGCAGGAUUCUGAUGGUCAGGGCUGCCCGUUCUGUCGCUGUGAGAUCAAAGGAACCGAGCCCAUUAUUGUUGAUCCGUUUGACCCACGCAACGUAGGAGCCAAGUGCUUCUUCCUGGACCACUUCAACUCCCCCAUGCUGGACCUGGAUGAUGAUGAUGACAAAGAGGAAUUGCUGGUUAUAGACCAUAUCAAGAAGUCCAUGGAGAUCCAGAACUCGCCAAUAAUGUCUCCGAACUCAUCCCCUGUGUGUGAACGCCGGAAAACCGCUGCAGAUCACAUGGGUCCUCACUUGAACAUUCCACCCGUACCGCCCCGCCUUGAUUUCAUCCGUUCUCCCGCUCCUAGUCCCACAGGCUCACCCAAGUCAUCUCCAGGCAUGUCCAGAAAACAGGAUAAACCCCUUCCUGCCCCUCCACCUCCACAGAGAGACCCUCCUCCCCCACCUCCGCCAGAACGCCCACCUCAUAUCCCUCAAGAAGGCCGGGCCGCCUGGCUUGUUACCCCUUCGUCUGGCCUCCCCAGGGACCCCAGAGCGCCCCUGGAGGCCUGGAGCCCUAAAGAUAGCCCUGCUUUGUCAGAUUGCAGGAUGUCUGCUGCAGACCGCUCCCCCAAACUGGCCCACGCCGCCCCUGUGCACAUCAACGGAAGACCCCUCAGCUGCUCCGGUGCAGACUUGGGGUUAAACCGGAUCAGCCACAGACUGAACGCGCAGUCGGAGUGUAGUAAGUCUUUCAUCAACGGCCUGUUACCUGGAGAUGAGUAUGACAUCCCCCCUCUGCGUCACUCCCCUCCCCUUGUGGACCACAACCAGAGACACACCAACCCCUUCACAAGCCACCGGAGUCUGACGGACAGAGUGGAGGAUGAGUAUCAGAUUCCCUCAUCACAUCCCGUCUGCAUCACACAACCUCCCAUCUGCAUCCCCUUCCGCAUCCCCAACAGGGCUUUAGAAAAUGGCUCGUCGGAUCUCUCAACAGACAUAAAGAAACAUAAACCUCCAGAGCAUGGUGGGUUUGACUCUGGUUCGUUGUUUUCGGGUGUGGCUCACACCACACAGUGCCUCCUCAACAACAGGACACCCUCAGACUACGACAUUCUACUGCCCCCUCAAGCGUCUCCAAUGGAAGACCCGUUCAACUCUCUUCCUCCUUCCCAGCCUCCUCCCCCUCCCCCCAUUAGGAACAGUUUCACAGAACCCUCCUCCUCACCCUACCCCAGACCUGCCCGCCCCUCGUCUGGACACGAUCACUUCCUGCUCAGCCCUGACACUUUCAUAGACGCAUUGAAUAACUCGGCUCCCAGUCCCCCUGUGCGGAGACUAACAGGAGACAACAUGAAGAAGCCAUUCAGGGCUCCGCAAGACUACGAUCAACUGCCACCAACCUCAGUGGCCGGAGAUUGCUUCAGGGCACCUGAGAGACCUCCAAAGCCACUUCCCAGGAUCAUCCCACCAGACAUCCACAGAAGACCGCACGAAUCGUCCCGGGAGAAUGUCGACGCCAAGAUCGCCAAGCUUAUGGGGGAGGGCUACUCAUUUGAAGACGUAAAACGAGCACUGAUGAUCGCGCAGAACAAAGUGGACGUGGCACGGAACAUUUUGCGGGAGUUUGCGCUAGUCGCCCCCAGGCAGGGCCUGUAGCCCGUGUCAAAAUGAUUUCGCCCCCAGGCAGGGCCUGUAGCCCGUGUCAAAAUGAUUUCAAACUAAUUACGACUGUCUCGAAGCGUACAAACCGCAGGCUGACGUCCGCUUGCUUUCGUUUAGCACAUACUGCAAACGAGAUGAAAACGUGUGCUUUUUCACCAAAAGGAGCCUAAUGGAGGGGUGCGAUUGUAACAAUGGGAUCCUGUGAAAAAAAAAAAAGCCUGGUGUUUACAGUGACAUGGCUUAUCUGCAGCACUCAGGUCAUCGUCAUUUCAGCUCGGGCUGUUCAAGAGAGGAAAUGAAAUUGAAUUUUUUAUAUUUGGAGGAGUCCAUCCACAUUUUAAGCUGGAUUUGCUGCAUCCUUCAAAGUAGUGACGUUUGUAUUUCUCUCAAAUUUUCUGGACUGAAAUGAGAGCAGCUCUGAGCACUUCUGUUUUUGUUGACAGUGUCUGCAGGUUGUUCAUGCCUUUCCUGCCACUGCUGCUGCCACACACACACGUAUUACACACGUCCAGCCGCUCCUUCCUGGCCUCUCGGGUAUCAUGAAUUUUACAGCAAUGGCUCUCGGUGUUACUUUUUUUAUCGUAUUAAUUCGAUGUGAACACGACAACCCAGAUCAUUUGAGGCAGAAAAAGAGACAGACUUCGAAUAUCAAGUUCACAGUUCUCUUUCUGUCAGCUUUUUCAGUUUAGCUGCUCUUUAUCAACUCUUAACGGAUGCCUUUGACAACUGCGUGCAUUCCAGCGUUCGCAAGCAAGGGCUAAUAUGGUUGUCUCAUCUUCUGUAAAUAGGGCCUGUCAACUCGUGAAUAAAACAAACCCAAAUGUCCCCUUUGAAUGCAUUGGUUCCUUAUUUAUUUUUAAAUUAGUGCAGUACAGGAGGAAGCCACCUAAACUUUCCCCUUCCCUUUCGGUUCCCCUCAGCCCACUUGCACUGACGCGAUAUGCAAAAGAUAAGAACUGGACAUGCACCGUUUGUAUAAGCGCCUGGCAAACAAACCAAAAACACGCAGAAUAUCAUCUGCGAGUCAUUUUAAUGGUGCCAAAUUGAAUUUGACGUAAUAGUGAUGGGCACAAACUGAAAAAAACUCCAGCGACCACUUCAUUCAAGGCCUUUUGGGAAUUCUGGGAUUGGAAGCUUGGCGGCUUUGACUCUCUACCCCCCCAAUUGGCUGUUUGUCAUUCCUCCCUAUAAAGUUUUCUCUGGAGCUUGAAACUUCAUUUUUGCACUGGCCUCACUCUCCACCUUACACUUGAAAGUUUGAGAACUAAGUGGACCCUCCAGCGGAAGAGGACGUGGCCUUCGACAGGUUCACAAGGGGAACGGUUUCUGUUCAUUUCUCCUCUUCUUUUUACGAGAGAUUUUAGUUUGUUGGAAAAUGCCUUGUGGAUCAUUUAAAACCAGUGAUGUGUGCAAUUAAUUUAUACUUUGUUAAAAGUUUUCUUGGAGAUUAUUCUCUUCUUUCAGUAAUGUUGGUAACCCGUGAUCUGUUAUUGUGGAGCAAAAAAAACAUGUUUUAUAAAAGCCAGUAUUAACA